UCACUAUUCUGAUUCAUUUGCUUUUGCUGUUUCUGUUGCAAUAUGAAUGCCAGUAUGAAUGCUAAAGCAUAUUGACCAUCUUGGUGAAUACUGAGUAAGCCCACCUAAUAUAGGAUCUAACCUAACUGUUCUCAUUAAGAUUUAGGAAUCUCAAAUGUUCACAUAUGGAUAUGUUUUGGAUACUUACAUAUGCAAAUCGCUCCUCACUAAAAUUCUCUUUACUUCAGGCCUGUGCCUGAAAUUUAGGAUCUAAGGGGAGCCAUAGAAUAUUUAUGUCCUCGUAUGAUCUUUACCAGGAUGUCUCCAAUAUAUCUUAUGGGCCAAAUCAAUAUUUAGCAAUACAGAGUGCUACCUGUUCCUGCCUCAUGAUUUUAGUGGCUGUUGCGAUUUUUCAUGAUGAAGAAUGUAAAUCUCAAAGACAUGUAUGGUAACCUGAAUGGUGCGAGCUGAUAUUCGGCAGUGCACAUUUUACUACGAGAAUAAAAAUUUUACUAAGCUGGAUGGACUGAUGAACCAGAUACAUGGUCAGGACUUAUAGAACAGGGUUUAAACCUUCCUUUAACUCAUGUUUAUAUUCAUUGUGGUGGAUUUGGGUCAGUUGCGGGUCAUUUUUUUAUAUCAGUUUAAGCUGCCUCAAUCUCAAGCUGUUUAACAUUGGUUGCAUGAAAAACAUCUCCAUAGCAAGAAAGAAAAGAAAAGGAGAAAAAGAAAGGCUGAAACGUAGAAACUGAUUUGAAAUCGCUUAGGUGCCAGUAGAACCCUGGUAAUGAAGGGUUUUUAGAUUUGUCUGGUUGGCAAAAUAUCUUCGUAGUUGCUUAUUGAUCAACUGCCUGAACGUUUCCCUGUUUCAACAUGUUCCACGCCGAUAAUGGGUAAAUCUUGGUCAAAACAUGAUUCAUGAACACUACUAUGUGUUGCACCUUGUUCUAAAUUUCUAGUGAAGUUAAAAAAGUCGAUUCUUUAACCUCAGUGGCUACUUUAUACCUGUAUAACUAAAGAAUCACACUUUCUUCAGCCAUAGUUUUUUUAUGAAACUAAUUGUAUUUAUUGUUAUUCUACUGUCAUUCUUUUGAAAACUGUACAGCGGGGGAAGCCCCCGCUGUGGUAGGGUGUAUAUAUAUAAAGAAAAGUAACUGUACAAAAGUCCGCCAACCACAAAGGGCUGAGGAGCCAGCAAAGGAGAGAGAUCCUUAGAGAAAACUCUGAGAAAGUAGAAAUCAGCUAAGGUGGACACUAUCAGCCCAGCUAAGAAAGGCCUGCCGUUUGUCUUCCUUGAUUCUGUGAGCUUGAAGUCUUGCCUCGUCUAUAAAAUUUGAAAACCAGCCUCCAACUGUUGUUCUUUUCCCUUCAAAGAUUAGAUUGUUCCUUUGCUUCCAGAUGUGCCAGGUGGCUAUUAUGAAUACUUCCAUGAAGAACCAGUGUUGAAAGUCCUGUCUAGCUCUCUUCAUCAUUUGGAAGAAAUGUAGGUUGUCCCUCCGAAUUAUGUUUAUUGCCUGCCAGCAGGAUUUACUGAAGGUGCAAGAGAAGAAGAGAUGGAAGGCUGUCUCUUCUAUAUUGCCAUUGCAUAAAACACAAUUGUAAUUAUUUCCUUCAAUAUGGAAGUUCCUUCUUUUGAGCAAGUUUCUGGUAUUCAAUCUAUCCAUGAGCAGCAACCAUGAGAAGGUUUUAAGUUUGUUGCUGCAUCUUGAUUGCCAAAUCCAUAAGAAUGGUGAUGGAGGUCUGAUGCUUUUGAAAGGGAGGUUGUAGAACUGUUUUGGAGAGUACCUGUUGGAGCCCCAGAUAUAUUGCCAACAAUCUGCUUCAUUGUUUUGGAUUUGUAUUCCUUGAAUAAUAGCUUGCAGGUCUUGUAAUUCUUGAAAGGCCUCAGCUGAAAGGGAUAUGGAACUUUUCAAGGGAUUUAAAGCUCUUAAACAAACUGUCAAGCUUUACUAUAAGCUGGGGAAAUACAAAGAGAUGAUGGAUGCCUACAGGGAGAUGUUAACAUACAUAAAAUCUGCUGUGACCCGAAACUACAGUGAGAAAUGUAUAAACAACAUAAUGGAUUUUGUUUCUGGAUCAGCUAGUCAGAACUUUUCUCUUUUACAAGAGUUCUACCAGACAACACUGAAAGCUCUUGAAGAAGCAAAAAAUGAGAGAUUAUGGUUCAAGACAAACCUGAAGCUUUGCAAAAUUUGGUUUGAUAUGGGGGAGUAUGGCCGCAUGAGCAAGAUACUGAAGGAGCUGCAUAAAUCUUGUCAAAGGGAAGAUGGUUCUGAUGACCAAAAGAAAGGCACACAGCUUUUGGAAGUCUAUGCUAUUGAAAUCCAAAUGUACACUGAAACAAAGAAUAAUAAAAAACUUAAGGAAUUGUAUCAGAGGGCUCUUUCCAUCAAAUCAGCAAUACCUCAUCCAAGAAUCAUGGGUAUAAUUCGUGAAUGUGGUGGUAAGAUGCACAUGGCUGAGAGGCAGUGGGCAGAAGCUGCUACUGAUUUCUUUGAAGCUUUCAAGAACUACGAUGAAGCAGGCAAUCCGCGGAGAAUUCAAUGCCUCAAAUAUCUCGUCCUUGCCAAUAUGUUGAUGGAAUCUGAAGUGAAUCCGUUUGAUGGACAAGAGGCCAAACCGUACAAAAAUGAUCCUGAAAUCCUUGCAAUGACAAACUUGAUUGCAGCGUACCAGAAGAAUGACAUCAUGGAAUUUGAAAAGAUCCUAAAGAGUAAUAGAAGGACAAUAAUGGAUGAUCCUUUCAUCCGGAACUAUAUUGAGGACCUAUUGAAGAACAUCAGAACUCAAGUCCUGCUCAAGCUUAUUAAGCCAUAUACACGGAUCAGGAUACCAUUCAUUUCACAGGAACUCAAUGUCCCCGAAAAGGAUGUCGAGCAGCUGUUGGUAUCUCUGAUUCUGGACAACCGGAUCCAGGGCCACAUAGAUCAGGUGAACAAGCUGCUAGAACGUGGAGACAGGUCCAAGGGGAUGCGGAAGUACAAUGCCAUCGACAAGUGGAAUAGCCAGCUUAAGUCUAUCUACCAAACGGUUUCCAACAGAGUUGGGUGAGAUGGCUUCUUGCGGUCGGGUGCUUUGCACUUAUGAGAUAUGUUGAUAGCCUGUUUUGGAGAUCUGAGGGCAAAUGCAUAUUGUUUUGUGACGCUUGAGAUAGAAUGUUGGAUCUGGGUGACGCGAAAUGCCGAUGUAAUUGAGAGCUUGAACUGAACCCAGUGGUCCAAGCCAAUUGCCAGAGGGGAAAAACGUUUCCAUCUGGUUGCCUUAGCAACUUUUGUUGUGCUUACUGCCUUCGAAUCCUUUACAUGCCGGAACCUGCUGGGAGGCAGCUGCACUUGAACAA